AUGGAAAGGAAGAAUGCAACACAUGUAACUGAGUUCAUCCUAACUGGUUUUCCAAAUCCUUGGGAGAUAGAGAUCCUCCUCUUCCUGAUAUUCUUCAUCAUUCUGAUGGCAACAAUGAUUGGGAACACCAUAAUCAUAACUCUUAUCAUAAUUGAUUACCGCCUACAUUCCCCCAUGUAUUUCUUCCUCUGCAACUUGUCUAUCAUUGAAAUUUUUUCAGCUCUGACAGUGGUGCCCAAAAUGAUGCAGAACUUCCUACUGGAAAGGAAAUCCAUCUCUUUCUAUGGGUGCUUGGGUCAGUCAUAUUUCUAUUUCUUGUUUGGCACCUCUGAAUAUGUUCUACUGGCUAUGAUGUCCUAUGACCGAUAUGCUGCUAUAUGCUACCCACUUCGCUACAGCACAAUCAUGAGUGGGAAGGUUUGUAUCAAUCUUGUUGUAGGUUCUUGGAUGAGUGGAUUCUUCUCCAUACUUGUUCCCACGGUGAUGAAGUUGGGCUUGCCUUACUGUGGCCCAAAUGUGAUCGAUCACUUUUUCUGUGACAGUGCUCCUUUGCUCCACUUGGCCUGCGCUGACAUCAGCCUUGUGGAGUUUAUUGACUUCCUUGUCUCACUUCCCAUUCUUCUGGGUUCUCUUUUACUGACACUCAUCUCUUACUUUUACAUUAUAAGCACCAUUCUCAGGAUUCCUUCUGCCACAGGAAGGCAGAAGGCAUUCUCAACUUGUGCCUCCCAUUUCACCGUGGUUACAAUUGGCUAUGGCACCUCUGUCUUCAUUUAUGUUAGGCCUUCCCAAGCUAAUUCUAUGAGCUUCAACAAAAUUGCCUCUCUGGUCACGACUGCAGUGACACCCUUACUCAACCCCAUUAUAUUUACAUUUAGAAACCAGAAAGUCCAGGAAGUUUUUAGGGACUCGGUUAACAAGUACAUAAAGAAAAGAAAAGGAGGAGAUUGA